ACCUGGCGGGUCUGGCAGCGCCCUCUCCACCCCUUCCCCCCGCAACAUGCUCUCCCCCUCCUCCCGCCCUUCCCCCCGCCCCUCCCCCCGUGGCGGGUUGCCCUCCCCUUCCCCCCGCGGCCUGUCGUCCCCCUCCCCCCGCUCCGUCCACUCUCCGUCUCCACGAGCCUAUGGGAGAACAGGACUCGCUCUGCCGUCUCCUCCCGCUCAUCCCCCCUCGGGUCCUUCUCCCCACCCAUCCUCCUCGGGUAAUCCACCCCACCCAUCCGCCUCCGCACGGCCUCCCCGGUCCCGAAGCAGCAGCCCGUGCCCACGACUUCCCAACAGCCCACUCCAUCCCCGCGGGAGUGCUGCUGCUGCUGCCUCCCAUCCGCCUGCUGCUCCGUCUUGUCUUGGAGUACCUGGUACCAGUGCAAGUGCAGGUACGAGUGCAAGCGUUAGUGCACACGCAAGUGCGAGUGCAAGCGUUAGUGCGCACGCAAGUGCGAGUGCAAGCGACCGAGAAAGAGGUGAUGGUGGAGAGGGGCAAGGUGAGUUGGGGAAGUGUGGAACAAUCGUGCAUGCUCUACCUGGCGCCAAUGCUGGACAGCACACUCCGCCUCCGGUUGACCCAGUUGACCCAGCUGAGCCAGUUAGCUCAAUUAAUCCAGACUCCAAGAAAGGUGACAGCUCCAUUCUCGCGACUUGUCAGCCUCAGCUUCAGCAGCAGCAGCAGCAGCAGCAGCAGUGGGAGGAGCAGGUGGCAGAAGAAUUGCAGGAUGGGAGAGGAGGGCAGCAGCAGCAGCAGCAGCAGCAGAUGCCACAGAUGCCACAGAUGCCGCAGAGAAUAGUGCAGCAGAUCUUACCAUCCGCUGCGGACCUAGAACCAGUCUUGCCCGCAUACUCCAGCCAAUCAUUGUGGGGCUUUGUAGCAGAGAUCGACGGCCCAGAUGUGUUCGCUGGAGGCGUGGGCACAGAGGAGGAUGACGCUGCUAGUGGCGGGGGCUUCCAGGAAUCUCUGUCAAUGACUGCUGGUCAAGGGCAGACUGCAGCAUCCCUUGACAUGCAUGAUAUCGAGCAACUCCUUAUGGGGGAUGAAUGUGCUGCUGACAUGUCGGGCUAUGUGAGUGCAGUGGGGCAUCUACUCUUUGAUGACUCGUCAGCCAUGCAGCAGCUGAGCGCUGAUUGGCUGACUGAUUUCCAGAGGAGCAAUUACGCUGCCUUCACCCCUGACACUGGGGCUGCGCUGGUGCCUGGAGCACCGGCUGCAGCACAGCAAGCAGCCCUAUCAUCAGCUGAGCAUGCAGCUGGAAUGCCAUCAUCAGGGGGACCCUCUGUGCCAGUGCAGCAGGGGGUGUGGCAGCUUGGAGCGGCCAAGGGCAGGCAACCCAGUCAGGAUGGGUCUGGUGCUGGAGGAGAGUACCACUGGGGACUGGGCUUUGUGCCUUGA